UGUCCUGAAGAGAUGCAAGGAUGGAUCGCCAACAUCCACUCCGCUUGCAUCAGCAGCAUGGCCAGACAGAUGAACAGAUCGAAUGUUUGCAAACUACUCAAGGCCGAGAUACACAAACUUGAAAAUAGCAUCGAUCUGGAUCUGAAGAUGCGGAAGAUGGCGAGCAUGCAGUCGAACCUGGUGAAAGAGCCAGAGAUGAGGUUAGUGCUCGAGAAGCAGAUGCUGGAGUGGGAGAACAAUCUGGACCGUCUUUACAUGGAACAGUUCCAGCUGAGGUGUUACCUCGCUGCCCUGCAGGACCAACCACUGCCCAGUGCCAAGUCCCUUUUGAGCAACAUUUCAAAACUAGCCCGAACAAGUUUGGUCAGUUUGGGGGUGAGCAGUCCCUGCUCCUUCCACGCCACAAUCUGUUCCCGUCUUCCCCUCACCCUUUCU